AUGCUUCGCGUGCGAACCUCCUCGUCGCCCUCCGACUCACAGUCGUCGCAACAAUCGUGGCGCGGAUGGCCCGCAGCCGCCUCGUCCGUGGCGCGCCGCCAUGCCACGUCGCUCCGCCGCACGCUGAGCGUCGCGGCGCUGCCUCUGCUGCUCCUGGCGUACGUCGCGGUUCGGCUGACAAUCGCGCCGCAUUAUCGAAGCGCGCUGACUGAGCCCGGCGCGACGACGAGGAAGCCGCGGCGCGUGGAGCCGCUGCGAGUGUUCAUCGUGCCGCUCGACCCGGCCAUGAGCUUCGGGCUGCUCAAUGUGCGUCUUCGGGCUGACCCCACUCUCCUGCACCCAUGCCAUCCCCGUCUUUCGUUUGUUCCGCUCACGUCGUCAUCACAGCUGACCUUGAGCAUCCCCGCGCGCCUGGUGCCCACGUGGAACCGAGUCACCGGCAGCAACGUCCCCCUCCCGCUCUCCCUCGCGCUCCCGCCGCCUGCUCUUGCUCUCUCCACAGCCGCCCCCCCAUCCCCCUCUGCUGCUGCGCUGGCGCAAGGCGAGGCGGGGGACGCACAGGGGGACGACCUGGGCGCGGGAGAGGAGGGGAGCGGAGAGGAAAAGGAGGAGGAGAGGGUGAGCGUGCAGGUGGCAACAUACGACGCAGAGCCGCAUGUGCUCGCAUACAGUGCCGAGUACUGGCUCACUCUCUCACUCUUCACAGGGCUGGCGGCAGUGCGGGUGGUGGAGCACCCGUCACAGGCGGACGCGCUCUUCCUGCCGCUCUUCUCCUCGCUGCUGCUCCUCCGUAGUGCCCCCCCCAAUGCGUCGGCCGCUGUCUCCCUACGCACGCCCCCCGCGCUGCUCGACUCCGUGCUCUCCUAUGUGGCGUCGCUGCUGCAGCAGCACCAGCCUGCACGUGCGCCCCUGCCACUGCUGCUGCCUGCCGUGCACGCGCAUGCGCUCGCCCCCGCCAAGCUGCAGCUCGCCUCCGCUCGCUUCUUCCUCGCCGAUUUCCGCCACUCCAGCCCCCAGGCAGUGAGUGUGGGCAAGGACGUGCUGGUGCCGCUGGCGUCCCCGGGGCCGCCUGUGCUGGACGACACUGGCGAGUGGGCCCACCGCCCCACCCUCGCCUUCUUCCACGGGCCCCCCCAGACACAGGAGCGGGUGCGGUUGGCGGCGGUGCUGGCGGGCAGCAUGGACUUUGAGGUGACGGUGUGGGGCGACGUGCACAGCAACGAGCAGCACGAGCACGAGAGGGCCAGGGAGCUGCACGGCAUGCGCACCGCCAAGUUCUGCCUCCUGCUGCCGGCUCACGUGCGCUUCCCCCAUGCGGUGCUGCAUGCAUGCCUGUGUGCCAUGCCUGUGCCCGUGUGA